AUGCCCGAACCCACAGCAUCCACAACAAGGCGCACCGGCUCGUCCAAUCAGCAGCAGACGGCGCACCAGACGUACGGCUACCACAACACAUUCCACACCCAUGCACAGCUCCCGCUCGGCAACCCGCCCGCCUAUGCUCGCAUCAACGACAACCUGCGCUAUCUGAACGACAAGGCACGCACCGAGGCCAAGGCAGAACGCGCUGAUGUCCUGCCGCCGCCCUACACGUGCACCGUCGAGAUGCGCGGAGUGCUUGGUGUGCGCCAUGAGCUGCUCUCGCCCUUCCACAUCUCCGGCCAGCGCGACUGGUCAGACGCUUACGUUGUCCUUUGUGGCACACAGCUGAGCAUUCACCGCGCGAAGCAGCCCGGCCUGUGGAGCAAGAACAAACUGCCUACGGCCGGCCGAUUGAUCUCGUCAUACACGCUGCAACACGCCGAAGUGGGCAUUGCCUCCGACUUCAAGAAGACACCCUUGAUUCCAAAGUCUCCGUUCGCACACCUGGUCCCUGCCUCGGCUCGCCACAAGCUGUACGAGUCCGACCCACACCUCUUCGAACCCGUCCGCGAACACGCCAUCCGUCUGCGCGUCGAGACGGAGCAAAUCCUCCUGUGCGCGCCCACCCAACACGUCAUGCUCGAUUGGGUCGAGGCACUGUGCGCUGCCAUCGACAUCAGCUCACCUAUCGAGGAUCGCAGCGAGCCACGCUACCGAAGUUUGCCUAGGAGGCACAGGCGGCAGCGCAUGCUCGAUGGAACGCAGCUUGGCGAGGAUCUCGAGAGCCUGUCAACUCUGGAAGCCGGGCAACGCAUCAUCGCCGAGCAAGAGCGCAUCAUUCGCCAGCUCUACCCACACCUGGCUGGGGGUCGAGAAAUGGGCAACACCACUACCGUCACGGCCACGGCCACGGCAGAUGCUGAACUUGACGAGUUCGAUCCCGAGGAUGUUCGCUUCCCAACACGAAACGGCCUUGCUCGCGUCUCAUCGCUGGACGAUGAGGACGAGCGGCCGUCGACCACCUCAUCUGAUCCCAAGACUGCCUCGGUUAUUCGACCCACGCCCUCGCAAGCUCUCCGCUACCGUCGUCGCUGCGCACCCGUCUUGCUUUCUUCGUCCCCUCGAGUCAGCGAUGUUGUCAUCUGCGAUGGCAAGCGUAUGCGCAUUGUGGUCAAAGAGCAUACACUCGCCCCCUACACGUCUCACCCACCGCGUUACGAUGCACACGGCUUCAAGAAGCGCACAUCCAAGCCCGCAACCAGCGAGGCUCCCACCACAGUCGUCAUCGAAAAGAUCAAUGGCCCAGAAAGGCCAGCAUCACCCAUGCGUACAGCUAGCGACGACUCGAUCGCUUCCAUCACGUUCGGUUACGAUCUGGCGCCCACUAGCUCAGAACAGGACGCCGAUCGCAUCGACCUUGCCUCGUCUUCUGGCCCGCCUUCGCCGACUGCCAUGUCUCAAGUGAAGAUGGAUGCAACACGCCAGCUCAGCCACAUGGGUAAAAUCAGGACCAGCAUUGACGGCCGCGACAAUGAUAUCGGCGCCGUCACCCUUGGUGUUGGACUGCUCAUUUAG